CUGAAGUGGUAAAAAUAACGAGACUUUUUCCUCAGUGGAACAAACCUCAGAAAAAGGUCUUCUCUUCUCUCUUUCCCUCACUCUCAGAAUCUCACGGUACUAAGCUCCGAGUUCUUGCUUUUAAUUUGUCUUUUUAAUUUUGGGUGCUUGCAACACAAUUUCUAUUGGUUAAAGUUUGUUGAAAUUCACAGGAUUACUAGUGAAAGUCAUUACAUGGAAGGUGAGACCAGCAUCAUUUUGUGAGCCCAAUAAAUUUCCAUUGAUAGUAAAAAAUGUGUCAAAGGAUGGGUUGCUAUCAUUUCCCUCAUCAAAUUUGUUCUAGUGUUUCAUAAUUUGAUCCAAAGAUAUGACACUGUAGCAAAAGCUUCUCUGUUCAUGAUUUUACAAAUUAAAUAUUGUUUAAAAGAAAGAUGUCAAGUGGAGCAACACACUGGUGUUAUGCAUGCAGACAGCCAAUUGUGCUUGAUGGGAGAGAUCCUGUUUGCCCUUACUGUGAUGGAGGAUUUGUGCAAGAACUUGACGAGUUGCGAGGAAUUGCACCCAACCAUAACCAUACCUUUUCGUCACAGUCAGGAGACUUUCAUCAAAUGCCUGACAUUUUCGAUGCUAUACAUGCUUUUAUGGGGCAGAGAGGUUCUGACCAGAGAUUUGGGCUUAUGGACGCCGUUGAUAAUUUCAUGAGGCAUAGAAUGGCCGGAAGAAACUCAAACUUUGAUGUUAGAGGGAGGUCUGGUUCUCUCCCAGUUCCUGAACAGAGUUGGGGCGUUUAUAGUUCCGGUCCUUAUUUAAUAUUUCACGGUCAAGUUCCUGGAUUCACCUUGUCUGCUGGCAGCCCAAGAGGUGGUCCUAGGCGUGUUGAUUUUGGUGACUACUUUAUGGGUCCUGGACUGGAAGAACUUAUUGAGCAACUCACCAUGAAUGAUCAGCGUGGUCCAGCCCCAGCUGCACGAUCUUCAAUUGAUGCAAUGCCUACUAUUAAGAUAACACAGGCGCAUCUUCGCUCGGAUUCACACUGUCCAGUUUGUAAGGAAAAAUUUGAAUUGGGCACUGAAGCCAGAGAGAUGCCAUGCAACCAUAUUUACCAUUCUGACUGUAUUGUUCCUUGGUUGGUUCAGCAUAACUCAUGUCCUGUUUGCCGUGUUGAGCUGCCACCUCAAGGACAGGCUAGUUCCCGUGGUACUCGAAGUUGGGGAGGAAGGAAUGCCAGCAACAGCAGCAGCAGUGGCAGCAAUGAUAGCUCCAGGGGCAGAGAGAACAGCCAUCAGAACCAUGGAAGGAGAAAUCCAUUUUCAUUUUUGUGGCCAUUCCGCUCGUCUAACUCGAACAAUAAUCAUUAUUCUGAGACUGGGGGAAGCAGCUCUUCAACCACUCCUGACCAGAAUAAUGGAACAAGUUAUAGCGGUUGGCCCUUUGAUCGCUAAAAGUAUCCUUUCUUCUCCUGGAUAAGUACAAUUUGCUGUCUAAUAAUGCUUGUAAUUUAAAAUGCCAAGGAAAGAGUUUAUUAGUGUUGUAUUUUAAACUUAAGCUCAUGUAAGGAAGAUAGAAGUUUCUUAAAAUCUUUGUACAUGAAAUUGCCUGGUUUGUUGAAUCUCUUUGAAACUUUAAUGCCGCACCUGUCAUUAUUCAAUUUGAUUGUAUCUUGCUGCUUAGUUGGUUUGUUUGGUUC